AUGGCAACAGCUAAGCAGUGCGAGCCUGAUUGCCAGGCGCAAAUUGAGGAGCAAAAAUCGGGCAUUGACUCCGGCGGGGUUUUACCAUCCUGGCGACUGGUAUUCGUCAUUGGGUCGCUUUGUCUGGGGACCUUUUUAGUUGCCCUUGAUACUACGAUCAUCAGUGUGGCGGUGCCCAGUAUCGUAACUGACUUCCAGGCCUUUGAUGAUGUAGGCUGGUAUGGUUCCGCCUAUCUACUCACGGUGACGGCGUUUCAGCCAGCAUUUGGGAGUGUUUACAAGACCUUCAACGCAAAGUUCACCUACCUAGUCUCUGUUCUAGUUUUUGAGGGCGGGUCUAUUAUGUGCGCUGCUGCUCCCAGCUCGGUUGUUUUCAUCCUUGGUCGCGCGAUUGCAGGAAUUGGAGCCGCAGGCCUGUAUCAAGGAGCCUUGGGCAUAGUCGGAUUGACUGUGAAGCUGGAGAAAAGACCCUUCUACCUGGGACUCGUACUCAGUGUCUUUGGGAUAGCGGCAUGUCUGGGUCCUCCUUUGGGCGGGAUUCUGACGGAGAACGUCACUUGGCGAUGGUGCUUUUGGAUUAACCUUCCAAUUGGGGGCGCAUCCUUCUUCUUAAUCCUUACCAUUUUGAAGCUUCAAGAGAGAUUUGCUGGCUCAAAGGAUUCGGUAGUCUCUCGGCUCAAAUCCCUCGACAUGCUCGGCAUGAUCCUGAUUAUGGCCUCUGUGUGCUGUCUUAUACUGGCACUGCACUGGGGUAGCAGCUCGCUACCGUGGGGCUCGUCGAGGGUAAUAGGGCUGUUAGUCGGUGCCGGACUUUUGCUAGCCGCGUUUCUGUUCUCUCAGUGGAAGCUUCAAGAUCUCGCCACUGUCCCACUGCGCGUUUUGCUAGAGCGGUCGAUUAUGAUGGGUGCACUGUUUUCUUUUUUCUUGGAAAUGAGUAUAUAUGUAACACUCUACUAUAUCCCCUUUUACUUCCAGUCCGUCCAGCUUGUGUCCCCAACCACAAGUGGAAUUCGUGGAAUCCCACUGGGUGUCUCCCAAAUUGCCGCAGUCGUCAUAACAGGUCUCAUUGUCUCGUGGAGAGGGUAUUAUGUUCCCUUCAUGGUUAUAGGACAGGCCGUAUCAAUCAUUGGGACGGGUCUCCUCACGCGUCUACAGGUCGGAACCUCGACUGCACUCUGGGCUACGUAUUUAGUGACUGCUGGAUUUGGCCACGGAAUGGGCCUUCAGAUGCCGUUCACCGCUGUUCAGGUUGUUCUCAGGGACGAUGACAUCCCCAUUGGAAACGUAGCCAUCAUUGUCUUCUUCUCUCAACUAGGAGCCUCGGUAGCAAUAGCCGUCGGCCAAAGCAUUCUCCAAACAAGCCUGAUACACCGAAUCCAGCUCUCCGAUCUAUCCAUCCCCUCGCAAACAGUAAUUGCCGCAGGACCUACAGGCCUGCAGACGCUAACGGGGCCAAAUAACCCGAAAAUGCUACGCACGUUACAAGAUGCGUAUGCGGCAGCUCUCCAGGCGGUUAUGUAUUUCGCACUCGCGACGGCUUGUGCGGCUGUACCGUUUGCUUUGGGGAUGGAGUGGCUUAAUGUCAAGGUUCAGAGUCGAACUCGGGCGGAAAGGGGGGCGGAAGACGAGGAGGGGGUGGGAAAGUAG